AUGGGUAACUGCUGGAGCUACAGUAACCUCUGUAGUGGCCGUGGAAGCAGCACUUUGCUCCCUCAUACCAUCAUCAAUGAAUUUCCAGAGUACGGCACCGUAGAGCCCAGUAGAGACCCGCCAAGGGCUUCAUCGCUGCGCCAGGCAGAGCCUGUGACACGCAGUCCAGAAAGACGGGACGGUCACCACUGGGUACCUGGCAGGUCCCUUCCUCAGCGUGCGGCUCCUGCAGACAGUUCGAGACCUGACGCUGGGGCAGUGCAGCUGUGUGUCCCAGAAGAAGGUUUGCAACCUGCGGGUAACCUGCCGGAGAUUAUGAAAAUCUCUCGACGGCUGGAAGGAACAAAGGUGCAGGAGGGAGCAAAUACUUCUCUUGAUUCAGAGACGCAAAUGGAAAAAAAGAGCGUUACUGGCAGGCAAAAUGUGCAGGCAGCCAGAGAACCAGUUCCAGCAGGCCAAGAAAAACCCUCAGACAUGCCUCUUCCAUCUGAACGAACAGCUGAAGAAAAAAUGCAUUUGAUCCUAGAGAAAGAUCUGGCUGCAAUAUGGACUGGAGAAAAGCAGUCCGAGUCCUUGCAAGCCAUCAAUAAUAAAGCCGAGGAGGUCCACGCAGCACAGGAGACAAGCUGUCAUAGACCAUCUGUGACAAACCUGGAAGCAGCCAGCAGAGUGGAGGGGUGGGCGCAUUUUGAGGAGUACAGUCAAGGCAAAAUGCAAAUGGGUCCUGAGAGGAGGCUCUCUAAAGAGGCAGCUGUGAGCAAACAUGUAGAAUUUCAAGGGGUGGAGAUUUUAUGGCUGCAAAAAGCUGAGGAGCAGAGAAGAAGGAAGCACUCGUUGCUGGAGACUGUGUCCGUGGAGAGGAAGGCAUUCCCCAAAACAUCCAGCCACCCUGCGCCACCGAUGGUCUCCCCAGGCUUGGUCUCCUUGCUGGACAGCACUUGGAGCGAGGUCUGUGAGGACCCAAGGCUGGGACCCGCUGCCUCUGGAGCCACUCCUCUGGCGCUGCUCCAUGAAAAUGGGGAGGAUGAAGUUUUUGUGAAGGACAAGAAGAACCGUGGCGAGGAGGAGAUGGCUGUGCUAGCAAGAGACCAGGGCAGGAUGAUGGAGGAGGGGGAAGCAGCCACGGGAGGCUAUGAAGAUGUCCUUGGGCAGAGGCACUCCGACAUCUCCACUGAUCUGUACAGCUCACAGUUCGAAAACAUCCUAGACAAUGCAUCUUUAUACUACAGUGCGGAGUCACUGGAGACGUUGUACUCGGAGCCCGAUAGCUACUUCAGCUUUGAGAUGCCACUCACUCCCAUGAUCCAGCAGCGCAUGAAGGAGGGCGGACAGUUUUUAGAACGUACAUCAGCCUCGGGGCAGCCAGAUGUCCUGCAGCUUCCCCCUGAUGGGGAGGUGAGGGGCUGUGGUGAAGGCAUCGCCAAUGGCUUAAGGGGUGUAAGCGAAACACUCUUCCGAGGAGACGUCACGGAAGUACCUCAUUUGGAAAGCAAUGCUGAACUGCAGAAUAUGGUGUUAGACUCCAGCGCUGCCAUGGGGAGCAAUGAACUUCAGGAGAAAGAUGCCACCGGAGCCCUUGGCCACGAUCUCAGCAAUGGCAGUAGCAGCAAUUUGGAAGCAGCCAGGCGCCUGGCUAAGCGCCUCUACCAUCUGGACAGAUUCAAACGCUCUGAUGUGGCAAAGCAUUUGGGUAAAAACAACGAAUUCAGCAAGCUUGUGGCCGAAGAAUACCUUAAGUUUUUUGACUUCACAGGCAUGACGCUGGACUACUCGCUCAGGAGUUUCUUUAAAGCCUUUUCACUUAUCGGAGAAACUCAGGAACGAGAGAGAGUUUUAAUCCACUUCUCCAGCAGAUACUACCAGUGCAACCCAAACACCAUUUCUUCUCAAGAUGGAGUUCACUGUCUCACGUGUGCCAUGAUGCUGCUGAACACAGACCUGCAUGGCCACAACAUUGGGAAAAAGAUGACCUGCCAAGAGUUCGUUGCUAACCUCCAGGGGAUGAACGAUGGCAAAGACUUCCCAAAAGGGCUGCUGAAGGCCCUCUACAAUUCAAUCAAGAAUGAGAAGCUGGAAUGGGCAGUGGAUGAAGAAGAGAAAAAGAAGUCUCACUCAGAUGGUACAGAUGAAAAGGAUAAUGGGAGCCAGACGAAGGCUGUCAGUCGAAUUGGCAACUCAAAUAACCCAUUCCUGGACAUCCCUCAUGACCCCAAUGCUGCUGUGUAUAAAACUGGAUUUCUGGCUCGGAAAAGCCAUGCGGAUAUGGAUGGAAAGAAAACUCCCCGGGGAAAGCGAGGCUGGAAAACCUUUUACGCUGUGCUGAAGGGAACGGUCCUGUACUUGCAGAAGGAUGAAUAUAAGCCAGAAAAGGCUUUGUCGGAGGACGAUCUGAAGAAUGCAGUUAGUGUGCAUCAUGCGCUGGCAUCCAAGGCAACAGACUAUGAGAAGAAACCCAAUGUCCUCAAGCUUAAAACAGCAGAUUGGAGGGUCCUGCUUUUCCAAGCCCAGAGCCAAGAAGAAAUGCAGACUUGGAUCAACAAGAUUAACUGUGUGGCUGCUGUCUUCUCUGCACCACCAUUUCCAGCAGCAAUUGGCUCUCAGAAGAAGUUCAGUCGCCCACUCCUCCCAGCCACCACAACGAAGCUAUCUCAGGAUGAACAGCUGAAGUCCCAUGAAGCUAAGCUGAAGCAGAUCUCCACUGAGCUUGCCGAACAUCGCUCCUAUCCUCCUGACAAGAAGCUCAAAGGCAAGGAAGUAGAUGAUUACAAACUGAAGGACCAUUAUCUGGAGUUUGAGAAAAAUCGCUAUGAGAUUUAUGUUGGCCUUCUGAAAGAAGGGGUGAAGGAGCUGCUGAGUGGAGGAGAAAACGAUGCGCCAGGACUGAAGAAAUCCCACUCGAGUCCCUCGUUGAAUCAGGAGUCUCCAGUUAGUGCCAAGGUGAAACGCAAUGUCUCGGAGAGGAAGGACUACAGGCCAGAAACACCCAGCAUUAAGCAGAAGGUCACUUAG